AUGGUUUCAGUAUUCAGUUUGAUUAAGUUUGCAAUUGGUUGUGUUGAUAAAAGUUUGCUAGUUCAAGGUCGUUCUAUAAACUACGAUCAAUCGAAUAAAUUGUAUUAUAAUGCGUGUGAUUUUGAUAUUACUCAAAGAAACUACGAUUCCAUAGAUUUAUUGAGAUGCAUAAAGGACAUAGUUUUAACGAGUAUAGAAAAUAGUGCAAUUCAUGAAAGAUCGAGAAAACAUGCAUUCUUUGAUCGACUUUCUUCAAAAAACUCUCCAUUGACAGAUUUAUUCGUAUCCUUGUUCAACAACGGUGAAUCAAAUAUGGGCAAUCAAAUUUCACAAUUGUUGAAUACAGGAUCCAGUCAAUACCAAUCAAGUCAGUAUGAAAGUGCAGUUGGUAGCCUGUUAGACCCUUCAGGGGGUCCUACAGGUUAUACAAACCUAUUCGAUGCCCUUUCUUCGAUAUCUCGUUACGAUGAUCUCAAAUGUGUUCCUAGAAUACUUUGCGAGGUGACAAGUGGUGCUAUACCAGGUGAAUCAAUUUACGGACGUGACAUCAACUUGUUUAAUAAUCUUUUUCAAAAAAAUAUAUUAUCAAAAUUAUUGACGAAGUUUCAUUUUAUCGAAUCAUCACCAAUAUUUAAUUUUGGUAAAGCUGCAUUAUUAGGAUACACCAAUAGAAAUAAUCCUAAUCAUUGUUAUCAAGAGUAUCCUAAAUGUCCUAGGAAUAAUGAUCAAUUGAUUCAUUAUCUUAAUAAUCAUAAUGGUGGAUUUUUUAGAUAUUUUAAUCAAUUCAAUCGUGGAAAUAUUUAUAACAAACCAUAUGUCGCACAAAGAAAUAAGGAAUACCUGUAUCAUAAUCGUUUCCAUAAAAACGAAGCACCAUAUCCACGAUUUGAUUAUUCUGAUAAUUCGGAUUUUUCUAAUAUGAAAAAACUUCAAUUUGAUAAUGAUAAUAAGAAAGAUAUACAAAAUUAUGAACCACGAAUAAGAAAUGAAGUUAAUCGUAUUGUAUUUCCUGACGAUGAUGAAGAAUCCACUAAAUUUGUUGACACUUCGAAUAGAUUGCCAAAAACGGUGUUUGAUUUUGAAGGCAUUCAAGAUACUGACGAUGUUCAGCAAGAUGAUUUUAUUUUUUUCCCUACGGACAAAACUAGGACUGAAAAAUAUGAAGAAUCUAAUCAGCUGUAUAAUUCGUUUCCACAAUCCUCAGAACCUUCGUCAAGAUCUUUCGUAUUUCCAGAUGAUUGA